UGGCAACAGUGUAUAGCAUCUCUAUUCACCACUACUAUAUAUUUUUGACAAUUGAUUUCAUUAAAAAAAUAAGGAAGUGUACUGCCCGUGACAGAAUAUAUAACAAAAUCGUUGUCUGGUGCUGUCCACAAUACAGUUAAAAUUGCAACCAAACGAUAGUAGCAUCCCACGAAUAUGGCAUUAAAAAAUGGGAAAGGAAAUAAAGAGCUCAAUAAUAUGUCACAUGAGGAGCUGCAAGAAUGGACCACAAAAAUCAUAUGCGAAGCUCAGUGCGAAAAUUCAAUGAACCAAAAUCUGGAGUUGACACGCUUGUACUCUACUGAUGUGCACUCUAUAGUGACAAAUUUUGAGCAAAAUGCCAUCGAUGCAGCCAUUGCUUGUCACGGACUUUUCAUGGAUAAUGCCCGUCAAGAACCUUCCACAAUCAAUGAUGAAGAGCAACAACCUCCAGUGCGUCGACAGCGCCUGUCGCUACCGCAGCAGCAGUCUACAUUUAGCAACGAUUUAAUAAGACAUAUAGAGCCAGUGCACAAUAAAAACUCAUAUGCUAAAUCGCACAACAGGAAUCAGGAUUUACACCUUUUCGAGGCGGUUAUAUUGGAGACAAUUGACAGACUCGGCUUACGCCGCACAACUUAGCCAAUGUUUUCGGGAUUGUACCAACAUAUGUAUAAACACACAAAAAUAAUUUGUUGAUCUACAAUCUAUAAUUUGGGCUUAAUUACAAGCGAAUGUGUAGCUAUAAUUUUAGAUUUAACCUUUUAAUUUCUGAUGAUUCGGGGUACUGGUACUUCGAUUCUCUUUUAGGUUGUUCUUCGACUCUGCGCUCGGCCCGCUGCCUACUGGGCUUCGUAUUUUUAGCCCGGUCCCAGAAUCCUAUAUCAAAAUACGCUGCCGUUGGCGUUGCAUAACAUGCAACAUCUUGGUAUUGUAUAGUCUUUGCUUUAACUUAACCAAUUAAACUAGUCAAAAGCAAAAAUAAAAACUCAA